AUGUCCAAUAUGUUUAGUAGAAAAAUAACAGCAGCUAUAUUCACAUUUACAACCAAGAGUUCAGUGAUAGCAUUAUCAAGGUUACGACCUGUUACACCUACUACACGGUUAGCAUCAGCUACACUUUUCAGAAAUGGUUCUCCUGGAACUUGUUUUUUUAUGGGUGACGUUCGUGGGUUCUCCGUUAGUUGCAUUAGAUCAUUACCUAAUGUAUCAGUUGAUAAGGAAUUAUCAGUUAAACUAGCAGAAGAAUUAAAAUAUGAAAAAGGAAAUGAACCUGAUUCAUCUGAACCAUCAUUCAUAAAAAGCUUUUUAUCAGAGAAUCCGUUUAAAAUUGAAGAUAAAUUAGGUGCUAAUGAAGUUGCACUAACGAGAACAUUUGGAAAUGAAAAGAUCCGGUUACUUUUUGAUAUUAAUACAUCAGAACAACAAGCAGAACCGAUUUCACUUGGUGGUGACGAAGAAGAGGACGAUAAUGAAAUAGAUGAUUCAUCUCAAGAAGAGGAGGAAGAUGAUGAAGAUGAUGGUUCAACUGAACAAUCAUUACCAGUCAGGUGUUCCAUCACUAUUGAAAAACCUGGUAAAGGUGCAUUAGGAUUCGAGUCAAUAAUUGCCGAUGGUGUUUUCCUUAUAAACUUUGUAUCAUAUUAUCAAGAUGCCAAAUUAGCUGGUGAUUGGACAGCUGAGGCUGAUUGGAAGAGAAGGGGUUAUUAUCCUGGCCCAUCAUUUGAAACUUUGGAUAAUGAUGUACAAGUUCUUUUCGAAAAGUAUUUGGAAGAACGUGGUAUAAAUACAUCCGUGGCUCUUUUCAUUUCAAAUUAUGUUGAAUAUAAAGAGCAAAAAGAGUACAUCAAAUGGUUGGAAAACGUUAGGAAAUUUGUCGAUGUGCCAUAG